CUGAACGAGCCCAGUCUGGUGGAAGGUUUGGUUCUGAUCAACGUUGACCCGUGUGCUAAAGGCUGGGUGGACUGGGCCGCCUCCAAGCUGAGCGGCUGGACGAGCAACCUGGUGGACGUCAUCAUGGGACACCACUUCAGCACCGGAGAGUUGUCAGAGAACAAAGAGGUCAUCCAGACGUACAGACUCCACAUCUCUCAGGACAUCCUGCAGGAGAACGUGGCCAUGUUCUACAACAGCUACGACAGUCGGACCGAGCUGCAGGUGGAGCGUCCCGUCCUUGGUCUCAAUGAAAACCUCAUCAGCACUCUAAGGUGUCCCUCUCUGCUCGUGGUUGGAGACACGUCGCCUGCAGUCGAUGCUGUGGUGGAGUGUAACUCCAGACUGGAUCCCACCAAGACCACCCUGCUCAAGAUGGCGGACUGUGGAGGACUUCCACAGGUGGUUCAGCCUGGAAAACUGGCCGAGGCCUUCAAGUACUUCGUGCAGGGGAUGGGCUACA